GUUGAAAAUUGGUGUCCUCGUUUACCUUGGAGAGCAAAAAAUCCUAAUGAAGAAACUGAUCAAAAAGCAAUGGCUGAAAUUCGUAUCAACUUUGAUAAUCUCUACAAAAUGAUGUCAAGACAUGAGGAGUUCAGGUGGAUGAUGUUGCGCAUCAGACGAAUGGCUGAUACCUGGAUUGAAGCAAUUAAAUCACUUGCAGAAAAGCAAAAUUUGGAGAAAAGAAAACGGAAAAAGAUCCUUGUUCAUUUGGGGCUUUUGACUAAAGAAUCUGGAUUCAAGAUUGCAGAAAAUGCGUUUAGCGGUGGCCCACUUGGUGAAUUAGUCCAGUGGAGUGAUUUAAUUACAUCUCUCUACUUACUGGGCCAUGACAUCAGGAUUUCAGCUUCACUGGCAGAGCUCAAGGAGAUUAUGAAGAAGGUUGUAGGUAACAGAUCUGGCUGCCCUACCCAGGGGGAUAAAAUUGUGGAACUCAUUUACAUUGAUAUUGUGGGACUCACUCAGUUUAAGAAAACCCUUGGUCCAUCAUGGGUUCAUUACCAGUGUAUGCUGAGAGUUCUGGAUUCCUUUGGAACUGAACCAGAGUUUAACCAUGCCCAUUAUGCCCAGUCUAAAGGCCACAAGACACCAUGGGGAAAGUGGAACCUUAACCCACAGCAGUUUUAUACAAUGUUCCCUCACACUCCAGAUAACAGCUUCCUUGGAUUUGUGGUAGAGCAGCAUCUGAAUUCCAGUGACAUUAAGCACAUUAAUGACAUCAAAAGGCAAAAUCAAUCUCUCGUUUAUGGCAAAGUAGAUAAUUUCUGGAAGGACAAGAAGGCUUAUCUGGAUGUCAUCCACACCUAUAUGGAGGUCCAUGGCACUGUUCAUGGGACAAGCACCAUGUACAUUCCUGGCUAUGUCAAGAACCAUGGCAUACUCAGCGGGAGGGAUUUGCAGUUUCUACUGAGAGAAACCAAACUGUUCGUUGGCCUAGGGUUUCCAUACGAAGGCCCAGCUCCUCUAGAGGCUAUUGCCAAUGGAUGUGCUUUUCUAAAUCUGAGAUUCAAUCCACCCAAAAGUAGCAAAAACACAGACUUUUUCAAAGGCAAACCAACACUCCGGGAGUUGACAUCUCAGCACCCCUAUGCUGAAGUUUACAUUGGGAAGCCCCAUGUCUGGACUGUAGACAUCAAUGAUCUUUCUGAAGUUGAGAAGGCUGUGAAAUCAAUUUUGAAUCAAAAGAUUGACCCUUAUUUGCCCUAUGAAUUUACAUGUGAGGGAAUGUUGCAGAGGAUGAAUGCAUUUAUUGAAAGACAGGAUUUCUGUCACGGGCAGGUGAUGUGGCCCCCACUAAGUGCCCUUCAAGUGAAAAUGGCUGAACCUGGAAAAUCCUGUAAACAAGUCUGUCAGGAAAGCCAGCUCAUCUGUGAGCCUUCCUUCUUCCAGCAUCUGAACAAGGACAAAGCUCUGCUUAGGCAUAACAUCGAAUGUCUCACCAUGGAGUCUGCAAAUGAUAUUCUGGUCCCCUCUUUUGAUGGAAGAAGGAAGCACUGUGUUUUCCAAGGUGACCUGUUGCUGUUCAGCUGUGCUGGAUCCCACCCCACCCACAGAAGGAUCUGCCCCUGCAGGGACUAUAUCAAGGGGCAGGUUGCGCUUUGCAAGGACUGCCUAUAG